UACAAACACUUUAUCUUUCUUUACCUUUUUUUUCUUUUUUUUUGUACAUAUAUAUAUUUAAUUUCAUUCUUCCUUUGAAACGAAGCAUCAGAGUUUUUCAAAGCACCAACUUGGUUUCAACAAAGAACCAACAAAACAAAUUCCAAAAUUUUCCGCUCUGUCCACUCUCCCUCUCUGUGUAGUGUGUGAGAGUCUGAGAGAGAGAGAGAGAGAGGGUUGUAAUCUAAUGGCAGGAACAGUUGGUGGGGGUGAGAUAUGGAAGGCCCACAUGGCUAUGGCGAUGGUGCAGUUAUUCAAUGGAGGGUAUCAUGUAAUAACCAAGUUGGCCCUUAAUGUUGGGGUCAACCAAAUCGUUUUCUGCGUCUUCCGUGAUCUCCUUGCCCUCUCCAUUCUCGCUCCCAUCGCUUAUUUCCGUGAAAAACGUACACGACCUCCAAUAACCAAGCACCUCCUGCUGUCAUUUUUCUUUCUUGGAUUAACUGGGAUAUUUGGCAACCAUCUUUUGUUUCUUAUUGGUUUAAGCUAUACUAAUCCAACUAUUGCUGCUGCAAUACAGCCAGCCACUCCAGUCUUUACAUUUCUGUUGGCUGUAAUGAUGGGUACAGAAAGAGUGAACCUGUUAAGAUAUGAAGGUCUGGCAAAGGUUGGAGGAACUCUUACCUGUGUUUUUGGUGCCAUAUUGAUGGUUUUGUAUCGUGGUCCGGCAUUGAUAGGAUAUACAGAAAUGGACCUUGUAUCACAAAGUGAAAUAAGUGCCAGAGGUCAACCAGAACCUUCUGGAUGGUUAAUUAGCGGUUUACUGGAUCUUGGAUUAGACCAUUUUCAUCUCGGGGUUCUAUGCUUCAUAGGGAACUGCAUGUGCAUGGCUGCUUUUUUAUCCAUUCAGGCUCCAUUAUUAAAAAAGUAUCCUGCGAACCUAUCUGUCACAGCAUAUUCAUACUUCUUUGGAGCUGUACUGAUGAUAACAACAUCGUUCUUUGUGACCGAUGAAUCAACGGACUGGACUUUGACGCAAUCUGAAACAAUUGCUGUUAUUUAUGCUGGAAUCAUUGCAUCUGCCCUUAAUUAUGGACUCAUUACAUGGUGCAACAAGAUCUUGGGGCCGGCUAUGGUUGCCCUUUAUAAUCCACUUCAACCUGGGGCUUCUGCUCUCCUGUCCAGAAUCUUUCUUGGAAGUCCAAUUUACUUGGGAAGCAUCAUGGGGGGAUCUUUAAUCAUUACUGGUCUGUAUGCGGUUACUUGGGCAUCUUUUAGAGAAAGACGAGCAGCUGCUGGAGUUAUUCCAUCUUGGGUCUCUGAAUCACUUGUUCAUGACAAGACUUCAUACCAAAGACUUAGCAUUUUCUCUGGCCCCCCUACCUUAUCCCCAAAGCCUUCUGAUUAA